AUGAGUACACAGGGCCAUUUCUACACACUUUGCAUCCAGAUUAACCCCCGAUUCUACGAGGAUCUAGGUGGGGCCCAUCCUCCACCUCCACCUCCCCAACCACCUCCCCAUCCCCCUCCCCCUCCCCCUCCCACUCCACCUCCACCUCCACCUCCUCCUCCUCCUCCACCUCCACCUCCACCUCCACCUCCACCUCCACCUCCACCUCCACCUCCACCUCCACCUCCACCUGCAUGUCCCCAACCACCUCCACCUCCAACUCCACCUCCACCUCCACCUCCACCACCUCCACCUCCACCUCCCCCUCCACCUCCCCCUCCACCUCCACCGCCACCCCCACCUCCACCUCCACUAACUCCACCACCUACACCUCCACCUACUAAUGGAUCUUCACUUCCACCCACAAUGCCACCUACACCUCCACCUACAACUCCCCCUCCACCUCCAGCCCCACCUCCUACUCCACCUCCAUCUCCACCUACACCUCCAACUCCACCACUACCUCCAACUCCACCACUACCUCCAACACCUCCUCCACCUCCACCUCCAAAUCCACCUCCACCUCCAACUAUACCUCCACCUCCACCUCCCCAACCACCUCCUCCUGCAACUCCCCCUCCACCACCACCUCCACCUCCACCUCCACCUCCCCCUCCACCUCCACCUCCAGAUCCCCAACCACCUCCACCUCCGACUCCACCUCCAACUCCACCUCCACCUCCCCCUCCACCUCCACCUCCAGAUCCCCAACCACCUCCAACUCCACCUCCAACUCCACCUCCACCUCCACCUCCACCACCACCACCUCCAACUCCACCACCAACUCCACCACCAACUCCACCUCCACCUCCAACUCCGCCACCAACUCCACCUCCACCUCCACCUCCAACCCCACCUCCACCACCUCCAACUCCACCACCAACGCCACCUGCACCUCCAACUCCGCCACCAACUCCACCUCCUACUCCACCUCCACCUCCAACCCCACCUCCACCACCUCCAACUCCACCACCAACGCCACCUGCACCUCCAACUCCGCCACCAACUCCACCUCCUACUCCACCUCCACCUCCACCUACAACUCCUCCUCCACCUCCAAUUCCACCUCCAACUCCACCUCCACCUGCACCUCCACUUCCUCCUCCAACUCCACCACCAUCUCCUCCUGCACCUCCACCUCCAACUCCACCUCCACCUCCAUCUCCUCCUGGAACCUCACAUUCACAUGUAUCAUGGCAUGGACCAUCUUCUUCAGGCGGAUGUAUCUUGUCCAGUUGA